UAGAAAGAGAGAAACAACCAAAAAUCAUAGAGGAAUUAAAAAUAAAAAUAUGAAAAAAGAUGAUCUAACAUGAGAAUGGACAUCGAACAUGGAAUAUAAUGUUAACAAAUAUCCACAAAGACUGAAUUAAUCAGAGAAUGUGGCUUCAGAAAAGCGGAAGUAGUUUGCAGGGUGGUGAUCGAAUGCAGAGGAAGGGAACUGGAACCGCCAUGGUUGCGGUGGCUAUAGACAAGGACAAAUACAGCCAGCAAGCGCUUAAAUGGUCCAUUGAACAUCUUCUUACCCGUGGACAAACCGUUGUCCUCAUUCAUGUCAUCCGGAAAACCCCUCCUACAGGGGGAGGGAUUGAUGCAUCUGCUGCAAACAAGCAACAAACUGAGAAGCAAACAAGAGAUUUGUUCCUCACGUUCCAUUGCUUCUGUACGCGUAAAGAAAUACAGUGUUACGAUGUUAUACUUGAAGAUGCAAAUAUAGCAAAAGCACUCACGGAAUAUGCAUCUUAUGCUGCCAUAGAAUAUUUGGUCCUUGGUGCCUCAUCACGGCAUGGUUUCAUCAGAUUUCGGAGUUCUGAUGUGCCAAGCCAAGUAAUGAAAUCGAUACCAGAUUUCUGCACUGUUUAUGUCAUCUCAAAAGGAAAGAUAUCCUCAGCAAAGAAAUCUUCACGAACAGUCCCGUUUCCAUCUCCUAUACGUGAGAAAAUAGAAGAACAAUCUAACACCAACUUUGAAGCAAGUGUACGCCGCAAGAAUAGUUUUAACAUUAAAAAACCAGAAAUCGCGCCAGAGAAGCCACUACUUCCGGCACCAGAAGACCCUGAAUCAAUUAGGUCACCAUUUAAUAAAGGGAGAGGAUUGAAUGCAAAAUUAUUGUGUGGGGAGCUCUCGGAACCAGACACAGAUAUAUCAUUUGUGAGCUCGGGAAGGCCAAGUUGUGAUCGAAUGUCUAAUGCUAAUGCAAUGCUUUAUGACCUUUCUGGUGCUGAUUUGACUCCACGAAUGUCGACGGCUUCAGAACGUAGCUUUGAGUCACCAUUCUGUGGAACCACUGGAGCUGAUAUGGGUUCGAUGUUUUCAUCAUCCUCAAUUACUUCAGCACGAACGGAUGAAGUUGAUAACGAAAUGAGAAGGUUAAAGAUGGAACUCCAAAGAACAAUGGAGAUGUAUAGCUCAGCCUGCAAAGAUGCACUUACUGCAAAACAAAAGGCAGGAGAACUUGAACGAUCUCGAGUUGAAGAAGCAAAUAGACUAUCGGAGGCCAGUGGUGCUCAAGGCGAACUACAAGAGGUUGCAGAUAAAGAAAAAGAACGAUAUCAAGCAUUGAUGGCGAAAGCAAGAGCUUCUAGAAGAAUCGCAGAGAUAGAAUCCCAGAAGGAAGCACUCGAGCACCCCGAAGAAAAGCAACAAGAUUUGAAGAGUAUGGAGCAAAACCAGUUUAGGUACAGAAGAUACACGAUUGAUGAGAUAGAAAAAGCAACAGAAUUAUUCACUGAAUCAAGAAAGAUAGGUGAAGGAGGAUAUGGCCCUGUUUUCAAAGGCACACUUGAUAAUCAACUAGUCGCGAUUAAAGUCUUACGACCUGAUGCUGCUCAAGGAAGAUCACAGUUUCAGCAAGAGGUGGAAGUAUUGAGUUGUAUGCGACAUCCGAAUAUGGUUCUGCUCCUUGGAGCAUGCCCAGAAUACUGUUGUUUGGUAUAUGAGUACAUGGCUAAUGGUAGCUUAGAAGAUCGUCUACUAAGAAGAGGAAACACCCCGCCGUUACCAUGGCAAGUUAGAUUCAAAAUAGCGGCAGAAAUAGCCACUGGAAUUUUGUUUCUCCACCAGACCAAACCAGAACCAAUAGUUCACCGUGACUUGAAGCCCGGAAACAUUCUUUUAGACAGAAAUUUUAUGAGUAAAAUAAGUGACGUGGGACUAGCCAGGCUACUUCCAGCGUCAGUAACUGAAGAUGUCACUCAGUAUAGAAUGACAUCAGCAGCUGGGACCAUGUGUUACAUCGACCCAGAAUAUCAGCAAACUGGGAUGCUUGGUGUCAAAUCAGAUGUUUAUUCAUUAGGCAUUAUGUUGUUACAGUUAAUUACAGCUAGACCAGCCAUGGGUUUGGCUCAUCAUGUUAGAAGGUCGAUUGACAAAGGAACUUUUGACAAGAUGUUGGAUCCGACAGUUCGUGACUGGCCAGUUGAUGAAGCCCUAGGAUUUGCAAAACUAUCAAUUCAGUGUGCUGAGCUGCGGCGUAAAGAUAGACCGGAUCUUGGCAAGGUUGUGUUGCCUGAGCUUAAUAGGUUAAGAGAUUUUGGUGAAGAAUACAUGACAUCAUCCAUGGCAACCAAUAGGAUUUCCCCAAGCAAUAGUGAAAGCGAUCUUGCCACGGAUACAAGCAAUCCGGAUUAA